CUUCCGCGCCGCCGCUCUCUGCUUCCCUUCUCACACGUCGGCGUUCGUUGAUUUCCGCUCUCCCCCGGAGGCGUUCCUUCGAGGUCAGUUCCUCUGCCCUGCUAUUCCAUGUCUAUCGAGUCGUCCUCUGUUCUCACGUCCGAGGCCGAGCGCGAGCUCGGGCCCGACAGUCAUGGGUCUGGGGCCCAGGGCGACCGAGCGGAGCAGCCGGGUUCCCCGUCCGUUGAGGAGAUCACGGCUGUCGAGGUGCCCGGGGUUAGUGAGCCUCGCCUCCAGAAACGAACCUUGCUCGUGGACUCGCUCAUCCGCGAGUGCAAGUGCGACUUGUCGAGUGACGAGUUUCUCAGGGUGGUGCGCUAUGCCGGCCCCCUUGUCACCGUCCGUCGCCCUACCCCGGAUGAGUCAGUCUUCGACGCUCCUCCGGGCUACUUUGCCAUCCAUCUCAAGUCCCUUGAGAGCGGCUUCCGCUUCCCCCUCGAAUCUUUGGUCAUCGACUUCUUCAAUUACUUUGACUUCCUCCCGUGCCAACUGGUGCCGAACUCCCACCGGUACUUAGCGGGGUUCUUGAUCCGCUGCCGGGAGAUGGGCGUGCGAGCCGACCUUGAGCGCCUAAUGACUUUGUUCCGAGUGGCAAAGUCUUCCGGUCGAACCGAUGCCGCCCGUACCAUUGCCGCUGCCCGGCGCGUUCUCCUCGCCAACGACGUGGCUGGUGGUGGGGACGUUGCUCCUUGUUUGCACCAUUCUCGCGUUCGGGAGUUAACCUACGAGUAUGUUCCUCUGCUCUCAAUGAAAGCACCAAUUUGAUGGCUAUAAACCACCGAGAGUAUGAAAUAAUAGAAGUUUUAGAGAGAGAGAGAAUGCAAAGUAGGAGUAUAUUGAUUUCAAACUGGGGAUCCAUUACAAUGAGGGGUGCCACCCCUUUUAUAGGCGGUACAAUUCACUAAGUCAAAGCCCUCUAAUCAAGGCUCUUCGUUUAG